UUCAGUGUGAGGACUGAGGGGUUGAAAAGUCAUGUGGAUGUGGUCAUUCGUUGUUCGGUAAUCUGAUACGAUCGAUCGACGUCUAGUUGAUGCAUGCAUUCACAAAUAAUCAAUUUGCCACUUAUUGCUGCCUUAUUCGUUCAAAGUGAAGUUUGGUGACUAAAAAAAAAAAAAUAGAAAAUUCUGUUUGUUUAUUCGAAGUUGCUGAAAGCCCUCAUGGUGAAUUCGAUCAAGUGUUGAAACAUAGUCCUCCAUCUUGGAAAUUUUUUAACUUGAAUCAUGGACCUGCAGCCAGUUAAAAGUGAACUUAAAAUCAAUGGGACAACAGCAAAACCAGUCUUGACUGAAGGUAUGAUUAAAGGAAUGGAUCACGUCUACCGAAGUAAUCCCUACCCUUCAAAGUUAGAAUUCGAGACCCUGUGCAAAGACUUACUUAUGUCAGUUGGACAAGCCAAAAAUUGGUUUUGCAAUCGUCGCCGUCGUGACUCUAAACAGGGAAAAAUCUGUCGACGAUGCCGUUUCUUUAAAGCCCCCAUCAGUGAGGAGGCACAUUACAUUGCCGGCUCUCGUCCAUGCAUUAGUUAUUGGAAAUUGCCUACUGUUGCACCUCCUCCACUUCUGCACAUGACUCCACUUCCUAUGACUUCGAACAAUCUCUCAUCAUCCUUGGAUGAAAGUGUUGACGGGCAACAGGAGCAACAAAAUGUUAAACCAGAAAUAGAUGGAAAUCUGGCAACUGAUUACAAUGUUGAGGCUAAUACUUCUUCCGUCGUGCCUACUGCUUUUUCACUGACUUUCCAACCCGGCACGUACAAUUUCCAGCAGCCAAUAUUCAACUCUGAGCCGAAUGCUUGGUACCAACAACAUCACGACGGACAAUAUUCAGUAGAUAUGGCAGAUGAAAAUGCUUGGAUGAUGCGUCCAGCCGGAACAGGACAACCUUCAUUUUGGCCGAUUAAUGAUUACUUUCCACCACCGGAUUUUAUUCCUCUAAUGGAUCAACCUCUCUCAUCUGAUUGGCGAUUAAAUCAGGUCCAGCCUUUGUUGCCUAACUAUUCAAUGCCUUACCCAUUAUAUCCUCAGUACGUGUACCCGGAUCCUAAUGGCAUUUACGACUACAGCGAGCAAAAUGGAACUUCGAACAAUUAACCUUAUUAUGUGGUUUGAUUAAUUUUUACACUGUCAGUGUAUAUUGCUGCACGAUUUUAAACCUCAACUCACCCCAUUACCUUUUUCAAAAGUAUUCUUUUUACCAAGAUGCUCUUAACUUAAAUUUCAUCUUGUUUUUUUACUUUAGCGUACAUUUUUAGAAUGUACCGUUCUCUUCUUUUAACUGUGUGGGUGAAUAAAUCCGGAACGCAUUCUUGU